AUGGACAGCAUCUUCGCAAUCGGCUUAGGACUCGCUCUGCGCGUUGUCGUCGACGCUGCAAGCCAACAUGAUCUCAGACUUGGUGGGUCGUUGAUCGGGCUCUGGGAGGGCGCAGUCCUUUACCACUUCCUCGACAAAUGGCCCAAAUCAUUCGACCCCUACAUCGCCUUUGUAUUUCGCCUUUUUGUCGACUUCCUCUUCACCGAAAACCUCACGCGCUUAACCAUCGUUCUGCUAUGGGCAGGCCUGGGC